UAUGUGUAUGACGUCGACGUGAUUGACGUCAUGACGCCGGACGCGUAUAAUUUUCCCAUCAUGCUCUAUGCGAGCGCUACACAAAAAAGCCCGAUGAGCGAGCCGAAGAGGAGGAGGCUACCAGCCGAAGGGGGUAGCCGAUUCCAAGGGAGGGUUUUCUGUUCUUCUCUUAUGAAUCUUCAAAUAGUUAACAGCCGGGAGCGGGGGGAAAUAUAACAGCAUCACACAGCACGAUGCCCGCCUCCACAGAGACACAGCCUUCGGUGGUGUGACCGCUGCUUUGGUGGAUUCUGCUGUCUGUGUCCGUCCUGACCGAGCCGCGACACCGCCAGGCGAUGACAGCGGCUCCGGCCACUCCGCAGGUGAUGAGAGACCGGCUCUUGCAGGCCAUCGACGGCCAGAGCAAUCAGAUACGCAACAUGGUGGUAGUUGUAGAAGUGAUCUCCCUUUUAGAGAAAUAUCCCAUCACCAAAGAGGCCCUGGAGGAAACUCGUCUUGGAAAGCUCAUCAACGAUGUCAGGAAGAACACCAAGAAUGAGGAUCUCGCAAAAAGGGCCAAAAAGCUUCUGAGAAACUGGCAGAAGCUAAUUGAGCCCGGAAAGGAUGAGGCACUGUCCAAAAGCCACACUGGGACACCGUGGUCUUCCAAUGGCAGUGCUCAUCCCUGCAUUUCCACUUCAUCUACCACCACACCACCAGGAAAAAUUGGUCCAGAGCUGAAGAACAGAAAUGACUUCAACAACUGCUACUCUCCACAAGUGGAAAAACUGAUCAGCAGGAAGCGUAAGAAUGAUCAGAAGGAGGGACUCUUACCAGCCAAGAUAUCCAAAUCAACUCUUAGUCAUAAGAUAAAAAACCCCAAACAGUUGCCAAUCAGUGGAGUUAGUGCUAGCUGUCAAAAAUUGUUAGAUGGAGAGAUUUCUGAGCCUUUGGAAAAUGACAGACAAAAUAAAAUCCCUGUCAAUCCUGUAAAACCUCAUUCAAGUGCCCAAGGAUACAGCAAGCCUUCCAGCACUGCUGGAGCACUGCUAAAAGCAUCCGCUCUGCAGCAGCAAUCCAAACAGGGACAUGCUGCCUCUGGGGGGCAGUAUCGACCGAGGAGCCCUCGCUGUACUUCACAUAGUCCUCAAAUUCCAAAACGGGAAGCUGUUGUCAAACAAAUUGCACCACAGGCACAGAGUAUGCCCAGCCCCACAGUGAGGCAUGUGGAUGCCUCUGGGCUGGGGCCUUCUUCACUGCCUGCAAAUGUUUUUUUUCAGGGUUUACACACAGACACUUCAUGGACAGUAGAUUUGGACCCAGAAAGCAGUUCUGAGAGCAAGUCUCUUCACAACUCAUCUGUUUUGUCCUGCACUGAUGGAGUCUAUUUGGAACGUGAUGCUGCUGUCAGUUAUACAGGGAAAAGGAAAAAACAGAAAAAUAGGCCUAAAGACUAUGUGGCCAAAUUGAAGGGACAGACUGUAGAAGACUGUAUUAAACCAGUCCGAUUAAAAGACAGGAGACUGACAUUUAACCCUGUAACAGGGCAGAUUAAACCAUUAUUUCAAAAGGAGUCUUCCCAGGAGGGGGAUGUCAGGCUGGACCGACCUGAACCUCAGUGUUCAGAACAGCUGAAGCAAAAUUCCACUGUUCCUCCCAGUCCGUUCCAACAGACUGAUUGGAAGGAACUGUCAAGGAGUGAAAUCAUCCAGUCAUACCUCAGCCAGCAAAGCAAUGUGCUGACAUCGUCAGGCGCACACACCCCCGGUGCACACUUUUUCAUGACAGAGUUCUUGAAAAAAGAGGAACACCAAAGUAUAGACACCACAAAAAGGCAUGUGCUGGCACCAGAGCAACCAGUUAAAGAUUUACCAGGGGUUAACAAAGUGGUGACCAGUGACGACCUAAACAGAUUACACACACAACACUGGUCUGGGGUUAAUGGUUGCUAUGACACAAAGGGUAACUGGUAUGACUGGUUGGAGUGCAUCUCCUUAGACCCACAUGGAGAUGAGAGUAGACUGAACAUACUGCCGUACGUAUGUUUGGACUGAAACCAAGGACUGGUACAUGAACUGGAAGGUAACGUACAUGCUGCCAUGAAUAGUACAGCUGAGCAGCUCUACAAAUGUGAAUGCUUCUUCAAAUUGUUUCCCCUGUGGGUGAAAAUAGAAUAAAUAUUCUACCUGGUUAAGCCUAUGCUAGAGAAAAUGAUGUUUAUCUGUUGUGACAGUGGCAUGAAGGGAUAAGACUAUGCAUUAUCUGCCUGUUCAGUAGCUGUACACAGUCAAUACAUUUUUACAUUUUAUUCAUCUGAUGUUAUUUUCAGCAUCCAAUCAGACUUAGUUUAGUGCAUUUGUUUUUUCUUUGUUUAAAUUUUAGUUAAAUUGUUAUAUUACUAGAAUAUGUGAGCCAGACGGACACAUUUGUAAUUAACACCCAACAGAUAAACAGACAUACCAGUCAGGUUCUCUGUAUUCUCACUUAUUUCUCCUUGUAUGACUGCCUCGCACAGUGAGAUGUAGGAUACAAAAAAUCGACAUUUUGUUAUAAAAUAAUUUUAUGGUCAAUAAAGUGACAUGAAACUGCCAGAUGUUACUAUGCAGUUUGAAAUUAGAGAGUGACGAACCUAAUAGAUGUCGGGAAGUGACUGUAAUGUCUAUUUUUUAUAUUUUAAAAUUUGUGAACGUAUUUGAACUACGACAACUCACGUCUUAUUAUUUAGCGUUGGCUCAGUAGUCCAGCUGUGAUUUUUUUCCAGGCUUUCCCAGCUGGUACCAGUCUAAUUUAUGUAAUAAUGCUCUAAAAUGACAUUUUGAUAUAUGUAUGAUACAUGAGCAAAUUUUAUUUUAUAGUUGCCUUUUCCCUUUACUGUAUUUAAGGUUGUGAAAUAUGAAUUGAAGAAUCAGUGCAGAUUAUCCUGUUGCACCUAUGUACCUUCAAGGACUCGCAGAUGUAAUUGAUAUGCUGGACUAAGUACUUAAUAUUAUUCCUUUAGAAAUUGUUUGCCUUAUGGAAACCUGUGUUUUCCCUUAAGACAGAGCCUUAGUGGAUGUACAGGAAUCUUCUGUGUUUGUACUCAGAGCAGAAACAAUUUACUACUUAGUCCUUUAAAUGGGCUUAUUAAUGUGUUAAUAAAAAGUAUCAAUUGUU